AUGAAGGAACCCUGCUCUUUUCCUGGUGGAAGCACGGCCAGAGUAAUAACAUCGAGUUUAUCAAGCGGAAAGAACGACCCAUUCGAAAAAAAUACGUCCAUGUUUUGCGUCCGCUGUUGUCGCUUGUCUGGAGAACGAAGUGCUGCAGCUCGUCUCGCAAAGCACCUGCACUUGGUCAUCACCAGGAUGACCAUGACUCCCAUGAUAGAGAAGAAUCGGUCGCGGUCCUCGAUCAAACAACUAGAGGACAGGCUGAAGAAUCUUCGGUCUUCCUCGAUCAAACAACUCACUGCUUCCCGGCUCCAGCAAAGCUUCUCACUUUAGCGAAAGGGGUAUGCGACGCUGGGGAAAUCUCACAUACGGAACUAGACGCGAUCGAAACAUUGGUCGCGGACCGCGAAGCGCUUGGUCUAGAACAGGCAAAGAAUCAGCAACUCGACGAGUUGAUUCACAAGCUGCUAGAUAGAGGCAAGGAAAUCUUGGAAACAGAAUGGCAUUUACCGACCUCUGGUCGCAGGAAUAAUGCACCUUUGUCCGCGGACAUAGAAGCUAGAUGGAACGCACUAUGCAUAGACACGAUUGCAACUUUGUCCGUGUUUUGAACAGAUCGCACCUGUACUGGUUUUCUCAGUUGCUCUCUUAGAAAGUCGAAGGAGGAGCGCAACAGUGUCCUUUCUAAAGAAAUAAAGGCCUCUUUCUAAUUUCAUCUCUAGUGUUAUAAUAUCAUUUUCUGAAAAUUUCUUGAGCCUGACUGCUGCUAAGGGUGACAUGCUUGUACUUCAUACUUGUAAGUAAUUUUUCUCUACUUAAGGCUCACAAAGCCAGACAGAUGAUAUUGCAGAGGUUCACCACGCCGAUGUUGCCUUAGGUGUAAACUAGUUUGCGGAUCAGGGAUUCGUGGUCUCUUCUUACCUCUCUUUGCAAGAGAAUCCAGGUUUGAACAGGUUCCUCGUGCCCCCUCAAUAGGCUUCACACUUCCACGGCCGUCGUCAUGCUUUGUCUCUUAAGGCUCACAAAGCCAGACACUUAGAGCAAGUAAGUAGCGCAAUUUGUCGUGGGCGACGUUGAGACAAAUGAUCAUAUGCGGACGAUUACUGGCCCUCCUCCUGUUCUCAAUUAUCAAUCAGAU